UGAGCAGGAGGUGGGAAUUCUUCUAUAAGCCAGCAAGAGUCCGAGCAUUAACGGCAGAGCCGCGGAGAGCAGCGCUGGAAGAAGGACCCAGCGGAGUCAUGGGUUGGCUUCCCUAUCUAGCCAGCCCUUUGCAGCUGCUGCUGUGGGGCGCCACGCUGGUUGCUGUGUCCUGCUCUGGAUUAUAUGAGAAGAACCCUUCUUUAUUGAGUCCCCCUCUCAGGCUGUCGACAGGCAAAAAUGUGAUGGUGUCAUCUGAUCAAUCUCCCAAUCCAGAAACUUUUUGUAUCUAUGGGUCCAUCUGCUCCUGGGUAACGUCUAUGGACACCUCUGGAAAACCAGACUGGGUACUGUCUUCAGUGAGUUCCUUGGUGUUUCAGCAGCAGCAUCAACUUCAGGAGAACAGUUCAUCCAGAGAAGACAUAGAAGGGGACAUUCUCCUCCUGAACACCAGCAGGUUCUUGGAUAGAUGUGAGUUCAGUCUGCAUAGCCCCAUUCUACCAUGGAGCUUGGAGUCUUGCCUGCUGGAGAUGGCCAUAUUUUCACAGGGCACUGCUCCUCCUCUCCAGGGAUUUACAGCUGAAGUGCGACAUGUGGAGACAAGCCAGAACAUAAACAUCUCUCUGAAAGCUGGGCAAGAGGAGAACACUUGGAUGAAGUGGAAAGUACUCAUGGCUCAGAUUGGCAAAGUGCAGAGGCCUUUUGAGAUCUCCCUCCGGUAUUCAACCUGUGGUAUGCAAGGAUCUGGACUGUUGGCAUUGGGCUCCUUGCAGUUCAGGGACUGCUUCCAUGAGAAAGAAAGCAAGGAUCUUUCCACCUACGACAAGGGCUCCACUUUCCCCUGCCCACACAGGGGCUGUGUCAGCCAAUUGCAGGUGUGUGAUUUUCACAGUGAUUGCCCUGCCAAAGAGAAUGAAGAGGCCCUAUGUGCAGACAGUCUCCCAGUGGGAGCACACUGUUCUUUUGAACAGGGUCCCUGUGGCUGGAUAUUGAAUGACACUGUCUCUCCCUCCUGGUCCAUCAGGGGCUUUGAAGAAAUGACACAAGAAGCUCCAUUCACAGGAUCUGCCUUGCUAGCCACCAGAGGGCACUUCCUGUAUCUUCGAGCAGACAGCAAUCAGACAGGUGGUGUUGCCAUGGCUUACAGUGCCAGCCUACCAGCCACUCUUGCCAGUGGAGACUACCAGAUCCAGUUCUCUGUGCAUAUUUUUGGAAGUUACAAUGGCACCAUCUCGUUCUCUGUCCAGGAAGAGACAGGUGGAGUCAGUACCUCCCCAGUGGUGUGGGAAAGAGCAGGGAACUGGAGUGACCACUGGUUUCUCAUCACACUGCAAAUGCCAGUGCUCCAGAACAGGUUUCACCUGCAGCUUCUUGCAACCUGGGGUUGGAAUUCCCAAGCUGAUAUUGCAGUGGACAAUAUUACUUUUGGACUUGGCUGCUUCACUGAUAGAAGAAGACAAAACCAUUCUGCUGGGAAGCACCAGUACCCACGGGAAAUCAAUAUCAUGGAUGAGACUUUGUUGAACCCAUUGGAAGAGCCCUCCCUUUCAGGGAAUGCACCUGUUGUUUUGUGGUGGUUCACAACCUGUGGUGCCAGCGGUUCCCAAGGACCAACUCAAGCACAGUGUGACAGCGCGUAUUACAACACCAACAUCUCUGUGACUGUAGAGAAAGAGGGACCACUCCGCGGGGUGCAAGCGUGGAGAGUGCCAGCCACAAACCGAUACUUGAUAUCUGCAUAUGGAGCAGCCGGCGGGAAAGGAGCCAAGAACCACAAAAAGAGGGCACAUGGGGUCUUCAUCUCAGCCACUUUCCAGCUGGAGAAAGAUGAGCUCCUCUACAUCUUGGUGGGGCAGCAGGGGGAGGAUGCCUGCCCAGGGGGGAAUGCUGAGACCCAGAAGAUAUGUCUGGGGGAGUCAUCUCUCAUUGAAGAAGAUUACAAACUCAAAAAGGAUCUGAAGGACUGGGCUGGAGGAGGGGGUGGGGGCGGAGGAGCCACCUACAUCUUUAGGCAGCAAGAUGGGACUCUUGAACCGUUGCUCAUUGCAGCAGGUGGCGGGGGAAAGGCAUACCUGAGGGAUCAGGACAGCCCCCUGGAUGAUGCACCCUUAGAACAGUUUGAGAACAACACAGCAGUGCCUGGAGUCAAUGGCAGAACUGGGGCAGCAGGUGGAGGUGGUGGCUGGACAGACACUACCCUGUUUCCUCAGGCUGGGAGGUCCCUUCAGGAAGGUGGACAAGGGGGCCAGGCCUGUCCCCAGUCACUAGCUAAACUCCAGUGGGCUACCUCAGGUGGUUUUGGUGGAGGAGGAGGAGCUUGUACAUCUGGCGGUGGAGGUGGAGGCUAUCGAGGUGGGCAUGUAGCAGAUGUUGAUGAUAUCACAGCUGAUGGGCAGGAUGGUGUUUCUUUUGUGAAUCCAGUAGGGGAGAUCUUCCUGCAUCCCCUGGCAGCCAUGGAGAGUCAUGGUGAGGCAGAGAUUCAGGUCUACCUGAACUGCAGCCACUGCCACUCGGGAAACUGCAAGAGGGACCUUGACACCAAUCUGCCGAUCUGUAUUUGUGAGAUGGGAGCCGUGCUGGCCAUCGACAAUGUCACCUGCAUAGUUCCUCGCAGUCUCAUUCCAGAGGGACACCUUCCUCUCCCCCUCCUCACCGUGGUCACAGUGAUUGGAGUGCUUGGAAUGGCCUUGGCUUGUGGCAGCCUGUUCAUUGUUUAUCACCGUAAGAAGCAGCAGUUGGAGGGAGUCAGAGCACGACUGCAGAGCCCAGAAUAUAAACUGAGCAAAAUCCGCACCUCCACCAUCAUGACAGAUUACAACCCUAACUACUGCUUUGCAGGGAAGGCUGCCACACUAAAUGAGCUGAAGGAGAUACCCCGGAAAAACAUCUCCUUGCUUCGGGCCCUAGGGCAUGGUGCAUUUGGUGAGGUUUACGAGGGGACUGUGGUAGGAAUCACAGGGGAUCCAAAUCCCCUUCAAGUGGCUAUCAAGACACUGCCAGAAAUCUGCUCUGAGCAGGAUGAGAUGGAUUUUCUAAUGGAAGCACUGAUAAUCAGUAAGUUCAGUCACCAGAACAUUGUGCGGUGCAUUGGUGUGAGCCUCCAGACGCUGCCUCGCUUCAUUCUGCUGGAGCUCAUGGCCGGAGGAGACAUGAAGAGCUUCCUUCGGCAGAAUCGCCCCCGGGUGGUGAGACCAUCUUCCUCUUUCCUCUUGGGUCUUCAGCCAUCAGCCAGUGACAGUGCAUUUGGCUGCAAAUAUCUGGAGGAGAACCACUUCAUCCACAGGGACAUAGCUGCAAGGAACUGCCUGCUGACCUGCACUGGGCCAGGGCGAGUAGCAAAAAUUGGUGAUUUUGGAAUGGCCCGAGAUAUCUACAGGGCAAGCUACUAUCGCAAAGGAGGGAGAGCCAUGCUGCCUGUCAAGUGGAUGCCACCAGAGGCUUUCCUAGAGGGGAUCUUCACCUCCAAGACUGAUACCUGGUCCUUCGGUGUGCUGUUGUGGGAGAUCUUCUCAUUAGGCUACAUGCCCUAUCCUUGCAAAACCAACCAGGAGGUGCUGGAAUUUGUCACUAGUGGAGGAAGAAUGGAUCCACCAAAGAACUGCCCAGGGCCUGUUUACCGGAUCAUGACACAAUGUUGGCAGCACAGCCCAGAAUACCGGCCCAAUUUCUCCACCAUUCUGGAAAGAAUCAAGUACUGCACCCAGGACCCAGAUGUGAUCAACACAGAGCUGCCCAUUGAAUGUGGACCAGCAUCUGAGGAUGAGGGGAGCUCUGUGAUGUGCCCAAAUAGUUCCAGUGGGAUGGUUCCUUUCCUAGUGAACCCAUCCCUCACACCUCAGCUGGCUCCCAUGCCAUUAGAAUCCCAUCAUGCAGGGCAGAAAGUUGGACAAUGUCCACAGGAGCUGCUGGUGGAGAAUCUUGGCAAUUGGGCUGUCAGAGGUCCCAGCCUACCGUGCCUCACUGAUUCCAACAGCGGGUCAUGGUUCCAACAGACCUCAAACCAGAGACUGGAAUCAGGCAGACCACACAAAACCAAAGACCUUUGGAACCCAACCUAUGGAUCCUGGGUAAUGGAGAAUAUCUGCCGGUCUUGUCCCAAUGCUAAGCUCAAAGCAACCACAGAGCGAGAAGAUUCGGGUUUUGAUGGAAACUGCAGCUCCUCUCCUAGUUCUCGGGCCUCUCCAGCCUCUCCAAGCAGAAGCCACUGUCCUCACAGGAAUAUCGGAGGAAUAGAACUGGUGAAGCUCCAGACUUUCCCUUGCGGCAAUGUGAAUUAUGCGUACGAUGAUCUCUACUAUGUCACUGAUCGGCCUUCCGCUUUGGCCGUGGGGAGAGCAGGUGUGCUGAGGAGCACCAGUCUGCACAGGGAUGGGAAGCCUUUUUGUAAACCAGAGAAAACAUCAAGAGAGAGAGACUCUGGCCUGUCCUUGUCAGACGACUUAAGUGUUACGCCUGUAUAACAGGAGAUGUUACAGGAUAUGUUCUUCCAAAGGUCAGGACCUCACACUGGGAGUGUGUGUAUUUCAAAGGGCAAAUUGGAACUCUUUCUUUGGUCACUUAUUUCCUCCAUUCAUGUUUCAGAUGGGUAAUAUUCUAAUUUCAAAAGUGUUCUGCCACAUCCUCUGACACACUGGAUUCCCAACCUAAUGGGGAAUAUUGCAUUUGCUACUUGAGGCCAUCAGGCAUAUUCCCUCCAAUUGAGCCAGUGCCACUGAUUUCAGGAUAUAAAUAACAAUGGCAUCGCUGCACUGACUCAGAGUCCAGUGGUUCAUGAAAGGAGUCACACACAGUCUGCUCAGGUGAAAAAAAAAAAAAAACCUACCAUCCAAUUGUUACAGUUGGCUGGAAAUGACAAACAACAUAACCACUCUUUUGAUCUAACAUACCAAAAAUCACAUGCUGUGGCAGCAGUAGUUAACUUAUAAAGGCCAUUGUGUUCCCCAGAGCUUUGCACAUUCCAGUGAUGCUGGUGCACUGACAGGGAAGUAACCAAACAACAGCCAUGUUUGCACUUGCUUUAUCAGCAGUAAUACUAGAGGAGCAUUGAAAUCAAUGCUGCAACUGAGAAAAACAGAAGUGGUGAGAGGGGGAAAUAUUGUUUCAGGCUCCCUGGAGAGGAUGUUUUUAAAAACAUGAAGAUUUAAAAAAUAAGUAUUUUAAAACUAAGUAAUGAGUUGAUUGUGUCCCUUUGCCUGGUUGAAGAGAACUUGCUUCUUACCUCAGAGGCUAACUUACCUCACAGUUCCUGACCCUGGAGGUUUGGGAAAAGUUCUAAUCAAGGCCUAACUACACUAUAUUGUGAGAACUGGACUUUCUCUUUCUUUCAAUGGACUUUACUUGGGAUUAACUUUAUUUUUAAAAGGACACAGAAUUCAGCAGUAGUAGCCUACACUAUAGUGGCCCCAUUGCUGUAAACUGAAGAUUUAGGGCCAUUUAUGAUGGGCUAUUGGCUAGUUCUACAGUAGACAAGAUUUACGGGUCUCUUGUCCACUUCCAAUUCCCUUUCUCUCCUGAGCCUCCGGUCUCUCAUUCCGUCUCUCUCUCUCCCUCCCCUCCUACUGCCUUCCCCCCCC